UCCGAUCGACUGCAUCAUCAUCUUGCUGCCAUAUCCACUUCGACUCCAAUCCAUAAUCGCGGAUAGAUCACUUCACUACUGCAACGGAUUACGACUCCAAUGGGUUCUUGCGUCUCGCGCUCUACGGCGGCGGCGGCGUCGGCGAUCACCACCACCACCGCGGCCAAGGUUGUGUUCCGGGACGGCUCCAUGGCGCAGUUCGCGGCGCCGGGUAGCACGGUGCGGGACGCGCUGGGCGGCGAACGCGCGUCGUCGUCGGCGUCCACCUGCUUCGUCUGCUGCUCCGACGAGCUCCGCUUCGACGCGCCGCCGCGCGCGAUGGCGGCGCACGACGCGCUCCGGCCGGGCCAGCUCUACUUCGUGCUGCCCGUCUCGGCGCUCCGCCGCCCGCUCUCCGGCCAGGACAUGGCCGCGCUCGCCGUCAAGGCCAUCGCGGCGCUCGGGGCCUCCGCCACCGCCGCCGGCAGCAGCAGCGGCGUGUCGUCGCGGGGCAAGAACGCGCGCCCCGCCGGCAAGCAGCGGCCGCAGGCGACGGCUCGAGUGGCGCCGCUCGUCGCCGCCGGCGCCGACCACGUGUACGGCGGAUACGACUCCCAGAAAACGGUGCGCGGUGAUCGGACGGCGAGGAUCAACGGAGGUGGUAGCAUUGCUCGCCAACGCACAGGAUUGCAGAGGUUGAGCGCCAUCUCGGAAGGCGAUGAGUGAUCCAACUUGUUAAAUUGCUAUAUACAAGUUUGAUCAAGGAUUAGUUGUUAAUUAUAGUUCAUCAAGUUGUUAAUUAGGUGCUCCCACAUUUGUAGAUAUAGGAGUCCGUACUUGUACAGUAUGUUCAGGGAAUUUUGAUACUGAUUCUUUGCAGUAUGCCAUAUCUUUUUUUAGGUAAUAGAAAUUGUUUAUAACUCCAUACUACCAAAUGACACAUAACCAAUGAGUAUUAAAAGUUAAAUAAAAAACUUUAAGGUUAUGGGAUAGAUCCCUAUAUGCCA